ACACUCUCGCUCGUCCACGUCUGUUUAUUUUCCUUCCACGUGGACGUGCUGCGCGCAACCACAGGAUUCCUCGCGGAAGUGACGGCAAGGCGGCGAUGGCGGCUCGCAGUUUCAUUCCGGAUUUCCACUGGACUACAAACCGAUUUUAACCGGACCGGUUUGACUUUGUGGAACUUUUGUAAAGCCGUCUCUUUUCGGACGCCGCACAGAGUGAAGUCGCGUUGAACCUGGUGCCUGACAACGAGCGACCCCACAGCUUUUUUGGGGUAUUUUUGUCCAAGGUUCAAGGUGGUCACCCUGUCGAGCUAGCGGUAGCUUGGUGGCUACUAGCUAACCAUAGUUGGUACACAGCUAGCUCCGGAGCUAGCUUGCCAACGAGCUGCGUGCUAAGGUCCAUACAGCAGCAGUCGUCGUGCAGCACCUCUUCUAUUGACCACGUCCACGUUUGUAUUUCAAAGUAACGAUGCGAAUGCACUGUAAUUAAUGCUAAUUGUGCCACAAGUGUGCAGAGCGAGGUACUCACACGUUUGCUUGGCCUCAUGUUAAUUUGAAUUGGCUAGUUUGGCGGCUGUGGCUAAAGACGGAUUUUGACUAUCACUAGCAAGCAAUUUACCUCAGUAAUUAUCCCGACAACUUCGGACAACAGCGUGCUAUCAACUGAGAAUUAAAGUUACUGUGGGGGUCUUUGCGUGCUCGUCAACAUGCUGAAGACCCGGCAGUGUUUACUUGGCAUCCGCACUUUUCUCGGCGUAACGUCGAGAAUAUGGGGCUUCAUCAUGUACAUCCUCAGGAAGCACCUACGAACGAUAAUCCAGUAUCAGACGGUGCGAUACGACACUUUGCCUCUGUCACCUAUCUCCAGAAACAGACUCAAUGCUGUAAAGAGGAAGAUUCUGGUUCUGGACCUGGACGAGACGCUGAUCCACUCUCACCACGACGGGGUCCUCAGACCUACAGUUAGACCUGGCACGCCGCCAGACUUCAUCCUCAAAGUCGUCAUUGACAAGCACCCAGUCAGAUUCUUUGUACAUAAAAGGCCACAUGUUGACUUCUUUUUAGAAGUGGUGAGCCAGUGGUAUGAGCUGGUGGUUUUCACAGCUAGUAUGGAGAUAUAUGGCUCAGCAGUGGCAGACAAGCUGGACAACAACAGGAACAUCUUGAAACGCAGAUACUACAGACAGCAUUGUACAUUGGAUCUAGGUAGUUAUAUUAAAGACCUGUCUGUAGUACACGAUGACCUGUCCAGUAUUGUCAUCCUGGACAACUCGCCUGGUGCUUAUCGUAGCCAUCCAGACAAUGCAAUACCCAUCAAGUCCUGGUUCAGCGACCCUAGUGACACAGCACUUCUUAACUUGCUGCCUAUGCUGGAUGCACUAAGGUUCACUGCUGAUGUCCGCUCCGUCCUUAGUCGAAACCUCCACCAGCACCGACUCUGGUGAUUGGCUGAAUCAAGAGGGGUGGGGCUUGUUGACCAGCCUCUUCCUCUCUGCCGGCUUCCAUCCUGCCCUCCUGUUCCCACACAGACGACCCACCAGCCCUCUCUGAGCCUCGCUGAGCCUCUCAGACGUGUCCUGAGGAGAUGAGGGUUGGGGUGACCGCCUAACGCGGGAUGAACAGUACGGGAUCACCAGAGCCCAGAAACUACUGAGGAGGGUGGGGGGGGGGGCCAGCUUGUUUUUUUUUUUUUCUUGAUUCUUGAUUCUUUAUUUGUAUUUUUUUUUUUUCAAAACAAAACGGAGCCUCUCUGCCUUAUUGCUCCUGAUACUGACUGUGUGCGUAUGGAGGUGAGCUUGUGUACGUGAGUCGGAGUAUGCGUGCCGAGUUCGUUAGUCCUUUUUAAACUCUAUUGACAAUUGGGAGGGGGGGGGGGGGGAGGAGGAGGAUCAGCAAAGACAAUUCUACAUUAUUAUUUCUUCUUCUCCAUUAUCCUCAGACAUUGCACUUAAGCAGACAAUUUAUCAUUCUACUGUCUUAACCUCUCAGCGCGACGGAGCGGGGGAAAUAGAAAACCGCCCCUUUUUAGAUCAACCUCAUACUCUCGACGGUAAUUCAUUGAUUCCUGAGGUACGUUUAUUUUCCCUGAACAAGAAUGGAUCAACUGAAAGGGUGUAAUCGAUGGACUUCUGCUUGCAACAUACCAUCCACAGGCAUUUUUCUGGACAAAUAGCCAAGCAGCCUGAGAUUUUUUGUUUUCUUUUUCCCCCCCCCCCCAGCCAUAAACAUCACUCUUUCCCCAAAGCUCCUCACGGGACUCGGUGAUAAAGACUUGACUGAAAAGUUGUGAGGAAAAAAGAAUGGCUUGUCACGAUACGUGGACUGCCGUGCCGCCUUUCCAUAACUGAUUGUUUCUCUAUUAUAAUAUGUGAUAAUAUGACUUCUGCAUACCAUGACAUUUUGCUCUCCCCCUUUGCCAUCUGAUGCCAUCCGGAUUUCAUCUAAUAGGAAUUGCACUUCAUUAUUUUUUUUUUCCUCCUUUCUGUUUUUGUUGCAGUUGGUUUUGUAUUUGAUUCAAAUUUGCAGCCUUCCUCUUUCAGUUUUUACCCGCUCCGCUUACUGUAUGGGUUCAACUACUUGACCCUCCGUCUUUAAAUGCCUUCUGAACAAUGUCAGUCUUGUCAAGGCGCACACUGGCUUCUUAUUGGCUCUGUCUCCAGGUCUGUGUUACUAAUAAAACACUUGUCAGUAUCGA